UCGCCGUCUCUUCUCCACCUCCCCGCCCGCCUCCUGCGUCCCGCGGCCAUGGCGGAGCUGGAGCUGGGGCAGCACUGCGGGGUGCCCGACUGCCGCCAGCUCGAUUUUCUCCCCUUUAUAUGUGAUGGCUGUUCAGGUGUCUUUUGCCUUCAACACAGGAGCCGAGAUGCUCAUGGAUGUUCUGAGGUGAAUAUAAGAAACAAUUCUGUGAAACCUGAUCAGCACAGGUCUUAUCCGUGCUCAUACAAGGACUGCAAUGGAAAGGAGCUUUUGCCAGUUUUAUGUCCCUACUGUGGAAAACAUUUUUGUCUAAGACAUCGCCAUCAAUCAGACCAUGAAUGUGAAAAGCUGGACACACCAAAACCUCGAAUGGCUGCUACCCAGCAGCUAGUUAAACAUAUUAUAGAUUCUAAAAAAAGUGAGGAAGCCAAAAGCAAAAAACGCAAAGGAGCAAAAAACAGUGAGACUGCAGCAAAAGUGGCAUUAAUGAAACUGAAAAUGCAUGCAUGUGGGGACAAGUCCUUGCCUCAGACAGAAAGAAUUUACUUUCAAGUGUUUUUACCAAAGGGGAACAAAGAGAAAAGCAAACCUAUGUUCUUUUGCAGUAAGUGGAGUGUUGGCAAAGUAGUAGAUUUUGCAGCUUCCUUAGCAAGCCUUAAAAAUGACAACAACAAAUCAACAUCCCAGAAAUUGAGAUUAUGCCAUCCUGUCUCUGGAGAAGCCUUGCCAUUUGAACAUACACUGGAAAUAUGGCUGUCUGAUAAAGACUGUCCACUGUACAAUGGAGGAAAUAUAAUUCUGGAGUAUCUUGAUAAUGAUGUUCUAUUUAUAGAAGAUACAGAGUCAUACUUUAGUUAGUAAAUUAUCACAAAAAAAAUAAGAUUUUUCAGAAGCAUUGUAUUUGAGCAAGUCCAGUUUUCUUUUAAAAUCACUGGUAUGCCAGAAUCUCUCCUCAGUUUUAAAGACACAGUUCCCAUCAAUUUCCAAGUUGCUUGACUGACAGAAGAUCAAAGUCCUGAAAGGAAAAUUAGUUAUUAUAAUAACUAAUAUUACAGAUAUUUACAUUCUAGAAUAACUUCUUCCUCUAUUGAGCUGUAAAAUAUCAAGAAUGUUUUCUUAAUUUUUAUAUUUAUUUUUUAUAAAUGGUGGGGACAGUAUGUAUUAAUAAAUAAUGGAAAUGUAAA